ACGACAUCUCAACCGUCACUAAAUCCACAAGGACGAAUCUGCAGUUCUUACAUACCCCAGCUCAGCCUUGCCCUAAGGAAGACGUUCAAGCCAAUCCGGGAGAGAAGAGGGUCUCCGAGGUGAGAUCCCGUUGUGGCACAGAUAAAAGUGGGGAGGCUGUCGUGCUUUCCUUGUCUUUCUUGCCUCACGUAAGACGGUUCUCUCUCGAUGGCGCCUUUAAUCGGCCUUAUCGGGCACGCCUCCCGGGGUCUCCUCUGGCUGCUCUUACUGAACGGACAUCUCGUCAACGCCGUCCCUGCGCAUGGAACGGAUGCUCUGGGAGCGGUAUCGAGUGAGAGUAAGACAUGUAGUGAGAUUGGGAUUGAGUUGCUCAGACGAGGGGGAAAUGCAGCUGAUGCGAUGGUUGGGACGACUCUUUGUGUGGGAGUUAUCGGCAUGCAACAUAGUGGGAUUGGAGGUGGUGGAUUCAUGCUCGUGAGGGAUUCCGAUGGGAAUUACGAAGCGAUAGACUUCCGAGAAACUGCUCCCGCUGCGGCGUCUGAAGAUAUGUAUAACGAUAAUAUAUACGGGAGUCUUCGUGGUGGCCUUGCGAGUGGUGUCCCGGGUGAUCUUCGAGGGCUCGAAUAUUUGCACAAGAAAUAUGGGAUACUUCCAUGGCGAGUCGUUUGUAAUCCAGCUGUUCACGUCGCUAGACAUGGGUUUCGAGUGACGGAAGAUCUCGUCCGGUAUAUGGAUGUAGGACAUCACCACGGUGCAUUCUUGGUCGAAGAUCCUCAGUGGGCUAUGGAUUUUGCACCAAACGGCACUUUGGUCGGCGUCGGUGACAUGAUGACGAGAAAACGAUACGCGAACACGCUCGACGAAAUCGCCAAGCAUGGAGCGGAAGCUUUCUACGAAGGAAACAUUGCAAAACAAACUAUCAACGCCGUCCAAUCAGCAGGUGGAAUCAUGACCCUUGACGACCUGAAGAACUACCAAAUCUCUAUCCGGGACCCCAUUAGCAUCAGAUACAAAGACUUCACUCUCCACUCUUGUAGUGCGCCAAGCGGUGGUUCGGUCGCUCUCAGCAUCCUCAAAAUCAUCGAGGGUUAUGAGAUGAGUAAUCCAGAACUGCGAAAUCUCAACUACCACCGCCUAAAUGAAGCGAUGCGCUUCUCGUACGCCGCUCGCUCUGAACUUGGAGACCCCGAUUUCUUCGGCUACAUGGCCGGAUUCGAGGCCCAGAUGUUGAGGGAGGCAACCGCAGAGCGCAUCAGACGCAGAAUUUCAGAUCAUCAUACUCAUAAUGUAUCUCAUUACAGUCCGGUCAAGUACUCGCUUCCUGAGAAUCAUGGAACAUCACACAUCGUCACAGCGGAUGCAUCUGGGAUGUCCAUUACUUCAACGUCAACCGUGAAUCUGUUGUGGGGGUCACUGCUCGUUGUGCCUGAGACUGGAGUAAUCAUGAACGACGAAAUGAAUGACUUCUCAAUCCCCGGCAUCCCCAACGAAUUCGGCUUCAUCCCCUCCCCAAUAAACUACAUCGCACCCUUCAAGCGUCCUCUCUCUUCUAUCAGCCCCAUAAUCGUCGAGCACUCCUCCAACCGUUCUCUCUAUGUAUCCAUCGGUGCCGCCGGCGGCUCUAUGAUCCCGACCUCAACAGUACAAUCCAUCUGGCAUGUCCUAGAACAUGGCAUGACUUUGCCCGAGGCAUUGAACGAGCCGAGAAUGCAUGAUCAGUUACUGCCGGCUAGUACGCUCUUUGAGGGGAGGUUUGAUAAAGAAAUUGUGGAAAGCUUGGGAGAGAGGGGUCAUAAUUUGACUUUCACUGGGAAUUAUAUGGCGAGUGUGCAAGGGGUGAGAAGGCUGUGGAAUGGGACCUUUGAAGCGGCAUCGGAGCCGAGACAGGUAAACAGUGGGGGGCUUGCAGUAUAAAUUCGUUGGUUUGUGCAUAGAAGCUUAUUCACCGAGCAGGGAGCGAAACCGGUACGGUGAGUGAAAUGGAAACAAGUAUUACAUAACACGAAAUUUUAGAUUUCUAAGUAUAAUUCCUAACAGCUAUUUG